AUGCAACAAUCGAUCGACCCAUCGAUUCGCCUGCGCCGAGCAAUCCACGCGAACGACGCGCUGCUUGUCAAGCGCGUUCUCAAAUCGCACCCUCACUUACUCCACAACCCCGACCACUCCCUGACCGGCAAUGCGAACUCCAACCUCCACCUCGCCGCCUCGCUCGGCCAUCUAGCCAUCUGCAAGCUCCUCGUUGAGCUAGGCCACGAAGCCGACACCCCGGCGCUCAACGACGACCAUCAGACCGCGCUCAUGCUGGCCGCCGCGGCGGGGCAGACCGAUGUGGUGAACUUUCUCUGCCAGGAGGACCCAUCCUCCAUCUUGCGCCAGGACCUGCGCGGCCGCGACGCCAUCAUGGAAGCCGCCCUCCACGGCCACGACACGGUACUGCAGAUCUUGCUGACGUACGCCCCCGGCGGCGCCCCUGCGGCGCUGGCACGCGCCGACGUCGACGGGAAUACGGCUUUGCACUUUGCAAGUAGCAACGGCAACUUGCUCGUGAUGCGCACAUUGUUGGCCGCGGGCGCCGAUGCUGGUAGGAAGAAUGCUUGGAGUUGGACGGCCGAGGCUUACAGCGCGACCGUGCAGGCAGAGGUGUACCUUAAGCAGUUGAUCGCUGACAUGGGUGGGAAGCGGAAGGCGGAGAUGGGCAAGACUGGAGGCGCGGUCAGGCUGGUCGGCCAGGAGGUGGGUGACUGA